AUGUUCUUGUUCCCGCGGGGGGGUCUCGUCCGUCGUCCCCUAGCUUCGUCCGUGACGGACAAGGACCACCACGACCCCCAUAAUGGGGAUAGUGGACGUGCCAAUGUAUGCGGCCGCACUGGGUUUCCCACGUUGCCGUCCCGUGAGAUCCCGGUCCUCGUCAAUUGGACGAAUAAUUACGGAGUGGUAGAUCCUCCGACCAGGGACGAUGAGGAUUCGACGACGAUAACAGAAACUCAGGACGCCACUUCUUCGGAUAGUACCGUUGGUAGGCUUCUUUUCGAGAUUGCCGCUGCCGAUAUCGACUGCGCCACGGCCUUUUACCCUCAUCACUGGCAUGUCAUCUCCCUCAUUCUCGAGGGGGUUCAUUCGCAUAUGCGCUCUACCCAAUCCUCGGUUGAAGUCGAGGCUCAAACCGCUCCCGGUUCAGGGCAGCCAUACCUCGUGGUGGAAGCUCCCGCGAGAAAACAAGGGUUCCAGACCGACAAGCACUCCGCACCUCUGGUCCCCAUUAGGGUUCGAGUCGACGCCAAAGGCGUGAUCAGACUUGCAUUUCGCCAACCGGUGCGGCUUGGCAUGGGGACAGACAUCUGCUGUAGAGGUGACAAGGUCCAGGGCGCAGGGGAUCGAACCAAACGGCAGCGUCCCAGUCCCUCACCGCCUUGUUAUGGUGCUACUAACCUCGACUGA